GUUAAAUAAUUUACGAAUUUUAUUCUUAAGUGCUAAAACUUAGUUUAAAAUUUUGGCUUUCUCGACAAGAUGGCCACGCCGGCGGUAUCACCAAGUGCUCCUCCUGCCACGCCAGCUCCGGCCCCGGUGGCGGCCCCAGUCUCGGCCCCAACCUCAGUUCCAGCCCCAGCGCCAACGCCAGCACCAGCUGCGGCUCCGCCUUCCGCUGGGACUCCAGCCUCAUCCUCAGACUCUGCGGCAGCAGCGGCUACGACUGCGGCUCCUGGCCAGACUUCGGCCUCAGCGCAAGCUCCGGCACAGACCCCAGCGCCCACUCUGCCCGGUCCGGCUCUCCCAGGGCCCUUCCCCGGCGGCCGCGUGGUCAGGCUGCACCCAGUCAUUUUGGCCUCCAUUGUGGACAGCUACGAGCGACUCAACGAGGGUGCUGCCCGAGUUAUCGGGACCCUGCUGGGAACGGUCGACAAACACUCAGUGGAGGUCACCAAUUGCUUUUCAGUGCUGCACAAUGAGUCAGAAGAUGAAGUGGCUGUUGACAUGGAAUUUGCUAAGAACAUGUAUGAACUGCAUAAAAAAGUUUCUCCAAAUGAGCUCAUCCUGGGCUGGUACACUACAGGCCAUGACAUCACAGAGCACUCUGUGCUGAUCCAUGAGUACUACAGCCGGGAGGCCCCCAACCCCAUCCACCUCACUGUGGACAGUCUCCAGAACGGCCGCAUGAGCAUCAAAGCCUAUGUCAGCACUUUAAUGGGUGUCCCCGGGAGGACCAUGGGAGUGAUGUUCACACCUCUGACAGUGAAAUAUGCAUACUAUGACACUGAACGAAUUGCAGUUGACCUGAUCAUGAAGACCUGCUUUAGUCCCAACCGAGUGAUUGGACUCUCAAGUGACUUGCAGCAAGUAGGAGGGGCAUCAGCUUGCAUCCAGGAUGCCCUGAGCACGGUGUUGCAAUACGCAGAGGAUGUACUGUCUGGAAAGGUGUCAGCCGACAAUACUGUGGGCCGAUUCCUGAUGAGCCUGGUUAACCAAGUACCUAAAAUAGUUCCUGAUGACUUUGAGACCAUGCUCAACAGCAACAUCAGUGACCUGAUGAUGGUGACCUACCUGGCCAACCUCACGCAGUCACAGAUUGCCCUCAAUGAGAAACUCGCAAACCUGUGAAUGGGCCCCGGGCAGUAUACCUGCUGGUCUAGGUCUUAAGCCCAGGACUCAGAAGUGAAGGAGAAAUGGGUUUUUUGUGGUCUUGAGUCACACUGAGGCAGUCAACUGCCUGUGACUCUAAUAAACAUAGCCUACCUUUUCUAAA